AUGACACCAAAAGCUCCAGCUAAAAAAAAGAAGUCGGUUCAAAACCGCCAGAGAUGUCAAUAUACUCCUGAGGAUUUAGAAAAUGCUGUGAAUAGUAUAAGAAAUUCAGAAUUAAGUAUGAACAAAGCUAGUCAGAUGUAUAAUAUACCAAAGGCUACUUUAUCUAUUAAAGUAAAACAAAAUCAUGCUGUUCAGUGUAAGCUAGGUCGCUCAACGAUUUUGACAACGGACGAAGAGGAUAAAAUAAAAAAUUGGAUCUUAAAUAAAGCUAAAUUGGGUUUCCCUAUGUGUCGUGAGGAUAUUAAGAAUGCUGUUCAAAAAGUUUUAAAGGAAACGAAACGUGAUAACCCUGUUAUUGAUGAUCGUCCUGGACGCAAAUGGAUGGAAUUAUUUUUAAAUAGGCAUCCCGAAAUAAGUUUAAGAAACAGUGAAGUUUUAUCAAAAGCUAGGGCUUGUGUGACAGAAGAAGGAAUUAGAGAAUGGUUCACUGGUUUACAAAAUCAUAUUGAAAUUGAUCAAAAAAUUAAUUUUUCUUUUAAUUACUGA